CUCUCUCUCUCUCUCUCUCUCUCUCUCUCUCUCUCGACGUUCUUGAAAUGGCUGCGAACGCAUCGAAAUUCAUCAAGUGCGUGACGGUGGGCGAUGGGGCCGUGGGCAAGACUUGCAUGCUCAUCUGCUACACCAGCAACAAGUUCCCGACUGACUACAUACCCACAGUGUUUGAUAAUUUCAGCGCUAAUGUGGUGGUUGAAGGCAUCACCGUCAACUUGGGUCUUUGGGACACAGCUGGGCAGGAGGAUUACAAUAGAUUAAGGCCCUUGAGCUAUAGAGGAGCAGAUGUCUUUGUCUUGGCCUUUUCAUUAGUUAGCCGUGCUAGUUACGAGAAUGUCCUGAAAAAGUGGAUCCCAGAACUCCAGCAUCAUGCUCCUGGCAUUCCUCUUGUCCUUGUAGGAACCAAAAUGGAUCUUCGUGAUGAUAAACACUAUAUGGCUGAUCAUCCUGGACUGGUUCCCGUGACCACUGCUCAAGGUGAGGAAAUGCGCAAACAGAUUGGUGCCAUGUAUUACAUAGAAUGCAGCUCAAAAACUCAGCAGAAUGUUAAGGCAGUGUUUGAUGCUGCAAUCAGGGUAGUGAUCAAACCACCUCAGAAACAAAAGGAGAGGAAGAAGAAAAAACCACAUCGAGGAUGGUUUGUGAACAUCUUUUGCGGUAGGAGCUUCCCAUGUCUGAAGUGAAUUGCGCCUAAGCUGCUAGGAUGUAUAUGUGCCGUCACUUCUGGUAAUGGCUCCGUGUGAACGCUGACAAGGAUUGGUUCAUCAUCAGACUGGCUAGUUAGCUGUUCAUGUGUGUACUUUGUAGAUAAAUUUUCUACUUGCAUGGCUUGUUUUCGGUUUUAUUCCCUUAGCAUUCGUUUUGCCAUUUUGUGGCAAUGACUGAUGAAGUUGCAUCUUUCCACUGAUUUCCCUCUUUUGGUUGUGUAAAGCAUUGAAUAUUCUACAGAGGAAAAAAGGAGAAAUUUAAUUUCUUAACGCUA